AUGAAAUUCCUGAUCACCGUCGCUACCAUAUUCGCCAUGGCUUCCGCCGUGCCUGCCAACCGCGGUCUGGUGACGCCUGGCUUGGCCGGCCCUGUUCCCAUCCUAGACGAGCCUAUCGACGUCGGACCUGCAAUCAUCAACGAAUUCGAGCCAAUCGACAACGGACCCGCUAUCGUCGACUUCCCCGUUUCUCCUUCCCCAGUCGUCAUUGGCCCCAUUGCCCCCGGCCAGGCUUCUCCCCUAGUUCAGAUUAUUGUUAAUGUAAACCAAGCAUUAACUCCAUCUCCCGUCGAAAUAAAUCCCGAGCCAGUACUCGUUGAAGAGGAAAGCGAAAUCAAACCUGAUCCCGUAAUCAUUGUUGAUGGUCCUGAAGUAACGCCCGUAAUCAUUGCUGAUCCCGCCAUUGUUGUUCCUGAGCCCGUCAUUGUGGCUCCUGUUGAACCUCUGCCUGUGACACCUGUCAUCGUUGGUGUCCUCGAACUUCCCACCCCCCAAUGA